CCGCACUUUAUCCAGCGCGUUUUUGUGACGUACACGUCACGUGGUUUUUGCUUCGUCCCUCUUUCGCUUGCGUUCGCACUUGCUAACGGAGCUAACAAAGCUCAUUCGGUCUUCUUUUGUCAGACUUUUCAUAGACAAGCGGUGAUUACACGAGCUGCAAAUAGAGACAAGGACAAGAUUAUUUCAUAUUCGUAGCAGCAACGUUUUUCUCCGGCAGCGGAGAAAAGUGUGAGCCGCGAUGUACAACGGCAUCGGCCUGACCACUCCCAGGGGCAGUGGCACCAAUGGCUAUGUUCAGCGGAACCUGUCCACGCUGCGGUCCAAGCGGCCACGCGAUGACCGCGGCGGCGAGCGUGACGAAAAGGACCGCGAGCGGCUGGACAGUCAACUCAACAGGCAGCCCAAUGCUGACAUCCUGGAGCAUCAGAGGAAGCGGCAGCUUGAGGUGGAGUGCGCCAAAUUCCAGGACAUGAUGGAGGAGCAGGGAUACUCAGCAGAGGAGAUCGAGGAAAAGGUGAACAGCUUCCGAAUGAUGUUGCAGGAAAAGCAUCAGCCGCCGCCUCCCGCUGCUGGUGAUAAAGCCAGCAUGACAGAAACUCACGCCCUGGCGGCGGCUAACCAGCAGAAGAACGACCGUCUCCGAGCUGCCUUUGGCAUAUCUAGCGACUACGUGGACGGCUCGUCCUUCCACGCCGACCGCAAGGAGAAGGAGAAGGAGAAGCGUGAGCAGGAGCGCCUGGAGAGGGAAAAGCAGCAGCAGCAGCAGAAAUACACGUUGGUGGAGGACUCGGACAAUUCAGAUUCGCCACCAAAGAAACGCAGUCGCAAGAAGAAAAAGAAGAACAAAAAGAGAGCCGGCUCACAGAGUCCCUCGCCACCCCCUCGCAGAGACAAAAAGUCCAAGAAAAAGAAGAAGAAACGUGAAUCCUCGGUGGAAGAGGAAGAAGACAGUUCCUCAGAUGAGAAGCAGAAGAAGGCGUCAAAGAAGAAAAAGAAGCGCGUGAGUAAAAGUCCCGCAAAGACGAAGGCAGUGCCACAGCGGAGCGCCUCGUCAGCUUCGUCCCGCAGUCGCUCGCCUGUCGUGAGUAAAAGUCCCGCAAAGACGAAGGCAGUGCCACAGCGGAGCGCCUCGUCAGCUUCGUCCCGCAGACGGCAGGAGAGAGGAAGAGAGGAAUGCUGGGAAGCGAGACGCGAGGACCCGACACGACUCCUCUUCCCCUUCGCCUCCCAGAGCGGACGCCAGGACCACUCGCAGCAGAGGCGACACGACUCCUCUUCGCCUUCGCCUCCCAGAGCGGAGGCCAGGACCGCUCGCAGCAGAGGCACGCAACGAGAGGAGGAAAGGGAUGCCAGGGAGCGGGGCACAAGGACCCGACGCGGCUCCUCUUCACCUUCACCUCCCAAAGCGGACGCCAGGACCGCUCGCGGCAAAGGAGAGGAAGAGAGAAACGCUGGAAAGCGGGACACGAGGACCCGACACGACUCCUCUUCGCCUUCGCCUCCCAGAGCGGACGCCAGGAACGCUCGCAGCAGAGGCGCGCAACGAGCGGAGGAGAGGAAUGCCGGCGAGCGGGGCACGAGGACCCGACGUGACUCGUCUUCACCUUCACCUCCUAAAGUUGAAGCCAGAACUGGUCGCAGCAGAGGAGAUGAAGAGAGGAACACCGGGACGCGGGACACGAGGACCCGACACGGCUCCCCUUCGCCGACACCUCCCAGGAUGGAUAGCGGGACCGGUCGCAGCAGAGGUGCGCAACGAGGGGAGGAAAAGAAUGCAGCGAAGCGCGACACAAGGGUCAGACGCGACUCCUUGUCCCCGUCUCCUGAGAGGAGGAACAGGGGAGACGCGGUGCCGACGUCCAAGAGCAGAGAGGCCCCAAAGAGAGCGGACGCAUCCUCUCGCCCUCCUCCUCGUCAUUCUCGUUCGCCGCCUUUCAACGGACGCCAGGACAAAAGUCGAGAGGACGGAGGGCGAAUGUCCGACCAGGCAAAGGGAAGUCAGCGCAAACCCGACGUCAAGACCAAAAGUCCUCCAAAGCAGCAGGUGCAGGAACAAAAACAGUCCGGCAGUGACAGCGACUCCUCUUCCUCCUCAUCUUCAUCCUCAUCGUCCUCAUCUUCAUCGUCCUCCUCGUCGUCCUCCUCAGAAGACGAAGACCAACCCGAGACGAGAGAAAAGACAAAGUCGUCUUCCAUCGGAGCGGGCGUUCAAAGGUUUGUCACCAAUGGCCGCGCCGAGAGCUCACAAGAACCCCGAAGACCCCCCGAGCAGACGGACGACAACAAAGCGCGACCUGCUCACAGAGCUUCUAUGGACCCACCUUCAGGCAAAAACCGGCCGGACCGCCAGAGUCCGCGGGAGAAGCUGAGCAGGAGGUCCCGCUCUCCGCCGGCCCACCGCAUCACGCCACCCAAGCAGUACCAAGACCCCCUGCCCCGCUUCAGGAAAAGUAGUCCUCCUCCAGCCCGCCCCAGGGACCGAGAGCGAGGAUGGGAACGGACCGCCAGACGCAGCAGGUCCAGGAGCCCCAGGAGGCGCAGCCCGCUGUUCAGGAGCCGCCGCCCACCUUCGCCGCCCCCCAGGAGGCGCAACAGUCGCUCGCCAGUCAGGAGGCGAAGCAGUCACUCGCCCGCGCCGUUGCACAAGAAGCCGUCCAGUCGCUCUCCUUCACCGCCGCUCAGGAGGAGGAGCAGUCGCUCACCGGUGAGGAGGCGGAGCAGUCGCUCACCGGUGAGGAGGCGGAGCAGUCGCUCACCGGUGAGGAGGCGGAGCAGUCGCUCGCCAAGGGGAAGGCGGAGCAGUCGCUCAGCGUCGCCACCAGUGAGGAGCCGUCCCAGUCGCUCGCCGUUGCCCCUGAAAGGGAGAGGGCCGACCGGUCACUUGCCAAAGGGGACCGCUCACUCGACGUCUUCAGAGUGUGUCCGCACGCAAGCUAGCCAAGUAGAGAAGCCGCCAGGCAGGCAGGAGCCCCGAGCGCCACCCGAGAAAAAUGCUAAUCAGCCCAGAUCGUCCUCGUCUUCUUCCUCCGGCUCCUCCUCGUCGUCGUCCUCCUCCUCCGCCUCGUCCUCCUCGUCUUCACCUUCGCCGCCAAACAGGAAAGACGCAAAUCCUCCAGAGCGGGAGAAGAGAAACCAGCAGGAAGACGAGAGGCCAGAGCACAUGCUGGGUAAAAGCAGGUCCAACUCUUCAACGGCUCGCGAGGCCGCAGCGGUAGAGCGAGGCGCCGGUGACCAAUCGAAGCGGAGCGAAUCGUCGAGAGCCAUAAACAGAAAGUCGUCACCAGCCCAGCAAGAAGUGGUCGCCGAGCGCGGCGUCAACGGGAAGGAAUCCCCCAACAAAGGAAGCCGAAGCAGCAGUUCUUCGUCUUCUUCCUCUUCAUCCUCCUCUUCAUCCUCCUCUUCGUCCUCCUCAGACAGCUCGGACUCUGAGGUGCAACCAGGAAAAGGGAAAGUUAAAGCUCAGCGUUCCCAAUCUUCAUCCUCCUCAGAUGCUGAAAAAGACAAGAAGGACAAAAGCGGCGUUCCGCGUCGCAGGCUUCCUGCCGACUCACUGCGAGAUUCCCGCUCUCUGAGUUACUCACCUCCCCAACACAUGCAAGGUGCUGCCACCGUAGCGGGACGUAGGUCAGGAGGUCGGCCUCGCUGAUCCCCCUCCGAUAACCCGCCCUGUGAACUUUGACCUUAACAAGCUCCUCCUCCUACUUCUCCUGACUGCAAAAAGUGAAGCAACCGGAGCAGGAAGCAAAGACACCACACCUGCUGCACAACACUUAUCCUUGUCGUGACAGCCACCACAGAGUGGACACGUCAUUUGGUCGUCAUGUGACUUCUGGUGUUCUCGUCAUGUCCUGGCUUGACUUCCUGUGUAUCGGACCAUGUGACUUUGUUUCGUUAGGGUUCUGAAAGAUGAUAAUAAACUUAAUUGUACAUUUUA